UUUGCAAGCGUUUUGCUUCUCUCAUACAUUUUCAUUUCCAAAUAGAGCCCACUCAACGUUUAAGCUUUUUCUCAAUCAUCAAUCUCCCUCCCUCCCUCCCUCCCUCGUCGUCAACUCCAAGAACAAAUUUAGAAGCAAGAAAAAGUCAAAACGAUUGAUCUAUGGCAUCGUGGAAUUCGAUUCCGUUAGAAAUAUCGUACGAGGUCGUAGGAUGGAUCGCGUUUACGUCGUGGUCGAUUAGCUUCUACCCUCAGCUGAUUCUGAAUUUCCGCAGGAAAAGUGUGGUUGGGUUGAACUUCGACUUCGUGCUGUUGAAUUUGACGAAGCACUCGUCGUAUAUGAUCUACAACGUCUGCCUCUACUUUAGCCCCAUCAUUCAAAAGCAGUACUUUGACACUUAUGGCGAUCAAGAGAUGAUACCUGUGGCCGCCAAUGAUGUUGCCUUCUCAAUCCAUGCUGUUGUACUCACAGCUCUUACACUCUUCCAGAUCUUUAUCUAUGAACGUGGACAGCAAAAAGUAUCCAGAUUUGCUACAGGUCUUGUGAUCCUUGUCUGGGGGUUUGCAGCUAUCUGUUUCUUCAUUGCUUUACCUUCACACUCUUGGCUCUGGCUCAUUACCAUCUUCAACUCGAUUCAGGUUGCCAUGACAUGCGUCAAGUACAUUCCACAGGCGAAGAUGAACUUCACUAGGAAGAGCACAGUUGGGUGGAGCAUUGGGAACAUUCUUCUCGAUUUUGGUGGAGGACUCGCUAACUAUCUGCAGAUGGUUAUUCAAUCUAUUGACCAAAAUUCUUGGGUGAAUUUCUAUGGCAACAUUGGAAAGACUCUUCUCUCACUCAUCUCAAUAUUUUUCGAUAUCCUCUUCAUGUUUCAACACUAUGUGUUGUACCCUGAGAAGAAAUCCCCAAAAUCUCCGGAAACUGGUGAGGAAUCCAAUGAACCUCUCAUAGAUCCUUCUCAUGAACAUGUUUAGAAUCAAAGUCACAAAACCCUUCUUAGUUCCCAGCCUUCCCUUUGUACAAAAACGUAAAAGAACUCUUCGGACUUGUAGUUUAUCCACAUGUUGUUGUCUUAUAAUUUCAAUGUAUCAUUUAUAUUAGAAACAACGAAUAUGUAACAACACUAUCUUGAGUUUCUUGUAAGAGCAAGACAAAUGUUACUGUCCGUCAAACAUUUAGGUCAAGAUGAAUGUCUAGUGUCCAUUAUUAA